CUUCUACCCCUCAUAUCCUGAAGUGGCACAUUCGGAGCAGACAUCAUGGUGGAAGCCCAAUUCCAAGUCGUGGAUAUGACCGUGUCGAAGCCGCGUCUGCGCAGACACCACAGGAAAUCUCGUCUCGGAUGUAGUAACUGCAAACUGCGACGCGUCAAGGUAUGAUGAAUCCCUGCUGACAUGCACAUGACUCACACAUGACAUGAGGUAGUGCGACGAAGCAAAGCCCGGUUGCAAGAGGUGUCGUUGGUAUGGGGUCGUUUGCAGCUAUGCCCAGAGUAAUGGAGAUCUUCAGAUAUCGCAGGAGCUUGAACUUCCGAUGCCUGCCAGUGCAGAUACAAUGACUGUUCUGGAGCUUGAUAAAACCUGUGUGAACUGGUUGAAGUGGUUUCAAUGGGCGCAGACAAGUGUGACUAUCAUGAAUGUACCCCAGGAUGAUAUCUUGAGAUUGGCACGCUCGCACCCGUUCCUAAUGCAUAUGGUUCUUACAAUUUCAUCUAUUCAUCAUCGCCAUCUAAGCCUGUCGGAAUCGGAACAUCUACGCACGUUUGAAGCCCAUCAUACCUCCCAAUGUGUCAAGCUACUCAGUCAGAAGAUCGCCCAGCCAAUUCCACAAGAGGAACGAGACGCAGUAUGGAUCGGUGCUACUUUCCUCGGCAUCGUCGUCUUCUCCUCUCUAUCCGCCACCACCGCCGAAGAAGUCUGGCCGCUCAAAUCAGACUCCUCCGACCUGGAGUGGGUGCGCAUGACCAGGAACAAAAUGUCACUCUGGACUCUGAUCGACCCGCUACGAAAGGACGGUCUCUUCCGGGGCAUGGUAGGUGAAUAUGAGGAAAUGUUCGAGCCGACAGCAACCGAUCUCACAGUUCCAGAACCAAUGGCUCGCAUAUGCCAUUUGGAUCAAUCCUCGACAGCCGAGAACAAUCCGUACUUUACUGCCCUUCAUACACUGGUUCCGCUUUGGGAUCGAUCGUUUGAAGAACAGUCGAGAGCUAGUGUUCUCGCGUUCCCUAGUCAAAUGACGCCAGCUUUUCGAAACCUGCUUCAUGAAAAGGAUCCGGUCGCUUUGCUGCUCCUAGCUCUGUGGUAUGAUAUUUCAGGCCAGGUUAUUUGGUGGAGUCGACAGCGCGCAACUGUCGAAUUGCAGUCUAUUUGUUUGUAUAUCCAGCGGUAUCAUCCUGAUUUAGAGCAUUUGUUGCCUUGAGUGGAUACUAGGCAUGUAUGGGUUAACUUGUCAGCGUUAUUUACUGGUACAGAUGGACAUAUGGAAAUAUGAGAGUUUCAGAGGGAUAGAAAAUGGUAGAACCCCC